GGGAAAAGGAUUGAACGACUUUAAAACGAGUUUUCCAACUUGAAAACCAAAUUCCCAUUUCCGAAUCGUUCGUUCUAGUGUUUUAAAUUCAUUCUUUCUUUUAUAGAGAAGCUGUUUUCUCAUAAAACAUAAACAUUAAACCAAGAAACGAAACAAAAACAUGGAAAACUGGUUUUUGUUUAUUUAUUUCUAGAGGAAUGCCAAUCUCCCGUUUUCAUCGGCAUCUGGGAUCGGCAUUUAGAACAUUACCGAUGCUCGGGAGAGAACGGGAUCGAUGGAUAAUGGGAAUGGGGCUCGGUUGGAAAGAAGCAAAAAUAAAAUAAAGUUGCCGAAUAGGGGAAAGCAAAAAAAGAAGCGAAUGGAACAGAAACGCACAGCAAAAAGAAAGAAGGCGAUUAGAAACUAAAGAGAUGUAUAUAUAUAUAUAUAUAUAUAUAUACACACAUACAGACAUAUAUGUGUAUAUAUAUAAAACAUAUGUGUUUGUAUAUGUAGGAAAAAGAAAAAGACAUAAAAACAAACUCAACCGCAAAGGAAUUCAAGAAAACGGUGUAUAGAGGAUUGUUUGACAUGGAAUUCCUCAAUGGAUGUCUCUGCCGAGUUUUUCUUUUUCUUUUUUCUUUCUCUUCUUAAAAUAUAAGAAAAAAAAUGUCGCUCUCUUUGAUUAGCUAUAAUCGAUGAGUGAAUCUCAUUGGGAAAAGAGAAAAACACAUUGGUUUGAUGUUUGUUGUAUGCGGAAUCUUUUUUCCUCACGAAAAAGCAGCAGUCAAACAAGUCAGUCUUUAAAUUGAAUAUGGACAGGACAAGAUAAAUGUUGAAACAUGGGGAUUGAGACAUGAAAUGAAUAUUGGACAUUGCCCUUACUAUUUCCUUCGUCGAAAUUUUCUCUACUCCAUAGAAACGAUCCUUUUUUUUCUCUUCCUAUCGAAUACUACAUACCACUACAUACCCAUAUACUUACCUGUUCUACUCUUGUUUAUUUUAGCUAGCUGUGUUGUGUGAGUACACAUGCUUUUGUUGUCCUUCAUGCAUUAAGAAACUACCUUGGACCUCGAAAAUCAGUCUAUUACGUUGCAUUGCGUACUACAUCACACCACGGUUCUCUGCAGAGAUCUACGCUAUUUUUUAUGUAAGGAUGGGGAUUCAAGAAAAUUCGCAUUUUCUUUUCCUUUUCCAUUCUCCUCCCUAGCGUGGAUCGAUUUGGUAGUACAGUGUGGUACACUGCAUCAUCGUAAUCAAACCAGAGCCAUCCCCCUCCUUUACGUUCUUUAAUUUUCUCCGCUACGCUCCGUUCACAGCCUAGCUGCAGCCUCUUCCAUCCGCAAACUUCGACAAAUUUCUUCUUUGAAAAUUUCUACGUUCCAUUUGAGAUAGCUUGGCAUUUGCUAAGCUUGUUUCAACUCCAUAAUUAUUCCUUGUGGAUUUAUUCACCUCAUUCCUGAGUCUUUUAUCCGAUAUCCGUUUGGUUCGUAUUCCCUGGUCUUGUAAAGCAAUUUUACUGCCUCCUUUUACUCUUCCUAGUUUUUCGUUUCGUUUUUAUUUUAUCCAAAAAAGUUUAUAGCAAUUUUUUUGUGGGAUCUUUGGUCAUCGUUUUCUCACUACUCUUUCCUCCCAAUAGUAGUAGUGUUUGGCUGAUAUCUUGAGUUUUUUCAAUUUUGCUUCUUCUUAGGCUACUUCUUCUUAGUCUGCCCCAUAUAGAACCUUUUGAAAAAAAGGUGUUUUGGCGCCGAAGAUUCUUUGGACGUUAAAAGUGAGAAAUUGCUUUUCUUAGCGUUUAGUUUACCGUUUCCUAGUUUUGGUCGUGUCCCCCAUCCGGCCUAUUCUUUCACCCUAUUUCUUUUACUGGUGUGCAUGUAAAAAUAGUACUCCUACAAAACGGUGUUCGUUGAGUCUUUGAUACGCUUGGUUUCUUUAUCCCUUGAUUUCAUUGUCUCUUCGCUUCUUCUUUCCCUCUAUAGUUCCUUCCGAGGUGUUACGGCAUCUGUGAGUGAAUAGAUUGACUUCUUUUCUCUCUCAAUCUUAAUUUUUUUCUAUUUCUGUUUAUAUCCUUAUUUUUGGUCGAUCGUUUACUAUAUUUAACUUUUUUUCAAGUUUCGUUUUUCUUAAUUUAUUCUUCUUAUGUCGUCGCCUCCGGAAAAUACUUUACCGCGUGCAUUGCAACAGUUAUCCAUAUCUUCGGAUCCUGCUGUUUCUUCUGCAUCCCACCCUACGCCAAUUCUCGACGAUUCCACUACAAAUUCGAAUCUUCAAUCGCUUUCUCCCUCUUCUUCUUUGUCGCAGCCCUCUAAUUCCAGUUCCCACGACUCUGACAGCGUUCCUUCAUCCCUGUCGUCGAAUUCCGUCGAUGACAACAACGCACACAAUGUCCAAAAUUCAGAGCGUGGUUUUCUUUCUCGGUCUUCUUCUUCUUCUUCCUCAGGUAAAUCCUCUGAUCAACUAAAAUCCCGUCCUGUUCCUCCCGUACGAUUAGGACGUCGCUCUUCUAGUAAAAAUCGGUCUUCUCUUGCUAUUAACUGUAAUCAACCAAUCGAUAACUCUGGUAGCACUCUUUCUUCUCCUUCUCCCGUCGGUUCGCCCCCCAAUUCUUCUAUGCAGUAUCCCGGCGGUUUGUCGUCUGAUAUCCAACAGAAAGUGAAAGCCUUCCACGCCUCUCGUUCUAGAUCUUACCCAGAUAGUGCCAAUAAAGCAACAGGUGCUCCUGCUUCUCCAAUAAACGGUGGCAGAUCUAGUAUUUCUAUCCCUUGCGCUCCUGUUCCUCCCAAAGUCCCCGUUCCCGGGGCAAAAGGCCCAGUUGGUUCUGAUUCAACCUUAGCACGUUCACUUGCCGCAGCAAGAACUCCAGCUCGUUCCGCAACAUUACCCAAACAAAACAAAAUGCGUCGCGCUCCUCCUGGAAAACUUGACCUUUCGAACAAUACUACCGCUCCUUCAUCUACCGGUGAUGAUUCAAACUCAAAAGGCAGUAUGGCUUCAAGGCGCGGUCUAAAAAUACCUCCAAGCCUCCGACAAUUCGCGUCUGAAACGCCGUUUUCUACGUUUUCUGACAUUUUGGAUGCUAAAUCUGGAAGUCUUAACUUUAAAAACAAAGCCAUCCUCAAUGCUGACGGUGUCAACUUCUCUUCGGGUUCUUCUUUUCGGAUUAAUAUGUCUGAAAUCAUAAAGCUUGCCGAGUUAGGCAAGGGUAAUUAUGGUGUUGUGUAUAAAGCUUUGCACCGCCCGAGUGGUGUUACAAUGGCCGUAAAAGAAAUCCGUCUUUCUUUAGAGGAAGCCACUUUUAACCAAAUUAUCAUGGAGCUUGACAUUCUACAUAAAGCCACUAGCCCUUAUAUAGUUGACUUUUACGGCGCCUUUUUUGUUGAAGGUUCGGUUUUCAUUUGCAUGGAGUACAUGGACGUUGGUAGCAUGGAUAAGUUAUAUAUAGGUGGCAUUACAGAUGAAGGUGUUUUAUCACGAAUUGCGUACGCUGUACUGCAAGGUCUAAAAACACUAAAAGAAGAACACAACAUUAUUCAUCGUGAUGUUAAGCCCACCAAUGUACUUGUCAACUCUUCUGGACAAAUAAAAUUAUGUGAUUUUGGAGUUAGUGGAAACUUGGUUGCUUCCAUUUCAAAAACGAACAUUGGUUGUCAAUCCUACAUGGCUCCCGAAAGGAUCCGUGUAGGUGGUGGCGGUAACGGUGUAUUAAGUUAUACUGUGCAAGCUGAUAUUUGGUCUUUGGGUUUAACCAUACUAGAAAUGGCAAUUGGUUGCUACCCUUAUCCUCCUGAUUCUUAUACAUCCAUUUUUGCUCAGCUUUCUGCAAUUUGUGAUGGGGAACCCCCGAAAAUGCCAAGCUGUUUUUCACCUGAAGCUCAUGAUUUCGUUAAUAGAUGUCUUCGAAAAAAUCCUUCAUUGCGUCCUGGCUACCAAGAGUUGAGUAGUCAUCCUUGGAUUCUUAAGUAUCAGAACACGGAAGUGGAUAUGCGAGCCUGGGCUCAAGCCAAUCUAGAAAGUCAGGCUGCAGGGAAUACCGAGAGGUAAUUUAACUUGUUGACCUUAAUAUUUUGUGAAACAGUGCGGAAAUUCGAAGAACCUUGAGAAAGUGUAAUUCCUUUUUUUUUAUGCGCCUUAAGUUGCUGAACAUAAUCAUAAGGAUAUAAUCAGUUAUUGAGUAAAGUCAUCGAAAGAUGACUGACUUAUCGGUAAUAAUUUUUCGUCUUUCUAUGUGAAGUGCCAUCACAGCACUGUGUUCAGUUUUAUCAAAAAUAGAGUAGAUGUGAGUUGCAUUUGCGGCUCAACGGUGAAAACCAUCCGAAAAGUGCAAUGAAUUAAUUGAGUACCUUAAGGUAUGGAUUUGUCAGUUGAUAGUAGGUAUUGUUAUUACAUCAAGACAUAUGAGUAUUGACAUCGAUUAAUUAUAAAAGGUAGUUGAAACUAUUUGUUCGAUCAUUUAAAUUUAAUUUUGCAGUGCUAGUCAUAGAACAUAUGCAUUAACUCA